AUGUCUUCCAACCUCAAAGGCCAGAACGCUGUCGUCACUGGUGGUGGUAAGAACCUCGGUGCUCUCAUUGCCCAGACCCUCGCUUCCCAGGGCGUCAAUGUUGCCAUCCACUACAACUCUCCCAGCUCCAAGAAGGAGGCCGAUGCGACCCUCGAGAAGCUUAAGAAGACUGGCGUGAAGGCUGCUGCUCUUCAGGGCGACUUGACCACCGAAGCGGCCGUGGAAAAGUUCUUCAAAGACGCCACCUCUGCCCUCGGCGUCUCCAAGUUCAACAUUGCCAUCAACACCAUCGGCAAAGUCCUCAAAAAGCCUCUCCUCGAGACCAGCGAGAAAGAGUUUGACUCCAUGUUCCUCGUCAACUCCAAGAGCGCCUUCUUCUUCCUCAAGCAUGCCGGCAAGAAUGUGGAAGAUGGCGGUACUAUUCUUGGUAUUGUGACCAGCUUGCUGGGCGCGUUUGCGCCUGGUUACUCUACUUAUCAGGGGAGCAAGGCGGCAUUGGAGUGGUUUACCAAGAGUGCUUCCAAGGAGUUGCAGCCCCGAGGCAUUCGAGUUAACGCCAUCGCUCCCGGUCCCAUGGACACCCCCUUCUUCUACCCCGAGGAAGAGGACGCCGCCGUCGAGUUCCACAAGUCCCAGGCUCUUAACGGCCGCUUGACCAAGAUUGAGGAUAUCGCGCCUCUUGUCGACUUUUUGGUCAAGGACAAGUGGAUCACUGGGCAGAUCAUCUUCUCCAACGGUGGAUACACUACCCGUUGA